AUGAGCAACGGAUACGAGCCGCCAAAAUGGGCUGGCAAACCUCCCUCUGGCUAUCACCUCGAUGUCACCAAAGAUGGAAAACUAUUCACGAAAUUGCCCAUUGAUGAAAAGUCCUACUACACGUUUGGAAGAAACUUGGAGCAGACCGACUUCUGCAUCGAUCAUCAAAGUUGCUCAAGAGUGCACGCUGCACUUGUUUAUCAUAAACACCUGAAGCUAUUCUAUCUCACCGAUUUGAACAGCACUCAUGGUUCGCACAUUGGCAAUGUCCGUUUGGAGCCAAACCAGCCGACGCCACUGCAAAUCGAUGCUUCCUUUCACUUUGGCGCUUCAACGCGUAUUUACACACUUCGGGAGAAACCUAAACAAGUCAAGUCUGAACUACUCCUCGAAGAGGACGCAAAUGCUUCUCUUCCUGAAACUGAAUUUGAGCUAGACAAACUGACACAAAACAACACCAUCAACAAUCGUACCAUUUCGAUGUUAGGAAUCGACAAAGAUGGUGAAAUCAUCAAGCCUGCAACGGCCAUGAAGCGAAAAUCCGUGUCCUUCAAUGAAGAGGAGGACGUCAUCAACCCCGAGGAUGUCGAUCCAACAGUGGGUCGUUUUCGAAAUCUCGUUUCAUCAACAAUUGUUAUUCCUAAUCAACCAAACAACAACUUUCUCACAGCAAAGUCACUGGGCAUUCACCUGCCUAGCCCGGCACCUGAGCCCACCACUGCUGAGAGCACCAGCAUUGCCGUCGACGAGCACCACGAGUCAUCAUCCUCUGAAGCGGCCACACUGUACGAUGAUGAGGUCAUGGCAUCGCUCAGUGAGGAUAAAUCGCCAAAGAAAAAGUACGCCAAGGAGGCCUGGCCUGGCAUGCACAGCGGCACUCCGCUGACAAACUUUUAG